AAUUAAAUAAAUGGGAACAUCAUACCAUAAAUAUUAACACAAUGAUUAAAUAGAUAAUGGAGAUAUAAAAAUCAAUAAUACCCGAAUCAAACAAAAGUUUCACAGCAAUACCCACAAUCCACAUAUCUCUAUCAUAAACUUCAGAUACAAAACUAGUCAAUAAAGGGUGUCGCAAGAAGCAUCAAUGGAAAGCAGCAGCAACACAGGUUCGACGCGACAGUCGCGCUUGCUCAGAAGACUGCUCGGCAAGUUGCGCGGCGAGCACCGCUACACGACGCUCGACAAGAACUUCUCCUUCACAUCCACCGGCAUGAGUGAAAGCAUUGGCUGCGGCAGCACGAACGGAGAUGAAGAGGUCGAUGCGCCAAGAGCUGGUCUGUCCUCCGCCACGAUAGAUGACGCUCAGUUCGCAGCUAAUAUCGAUCUUAGGUACGGUGGACAGUACUUAACUCCGGAACAGCUACCGGAAUUCUGCAACCAACUCCACCACCUGGUAGAAGUCAUCAGGAACAUACAGUCCUACGCGAAAGUCACUGGAGAGUACCCUAGCGAACUAGAGCGUCGCUUAGAACGGGAGGCGCGUGAAGUGGCCUCGCUUGCAAGCGAAACUCGUAACGCUCAAGAAGCGGCAUCUCGAGCACUUUUACAACGACGAGCGUUACGCGCUCAGAAGACAGAACUCGUCGCUCAUAUUGCUAAACUGAGGGACUCUGAAGUGCGAGAGCUAGAGAGUUCAGUGCGGUUGUCUGAUCGGAAGCUGUAUAAGAACUGGGAGUCGUUGCGGGACUCCACUGAUUCUGCCGCUUUCGAACCACUACUGGAAGAAGUUAGGAACAAACAAAUGGCUUUGGAAUGUCUAGUCCGCCUGAUAGAAAGCCGUCGUGCCAACGUCUCCAGGACACCAGUUUUUCGUCCCCUUCCGGCGUCGUCGAAUGAUGAUGAAAGUUCAGAUCAAAUAGGAAGCGUACGCAAGCGACACGAUAGUCUUCGCUCAAACAAACGUAAAAGAAAAGAAGCUUUCAGGGAGCCAAGAUCCAUGCCGUUGUCUUGUGAACCCAGCCGACAUAGUCCGCAACAGGUGACGCUGUUCAUCCAAGGGGCGGAAUGUACGUCCCGACUGGGUGCAGGCAACACGGGCGCUGUCGCCCUCCGGCCCCUGGAGUUUCCGCCGCGCGGCAGUAUCAGGGAUAUACUGUUUUUUACCACAGACUAAAUCAGACGACCCAAUAUCAUGGCUUAAAACAGUUACAACA